AUGGCGAAGAAAGGAAAGAAGACCCAAAACAACUACUGGGAUGAAGAUUUCGAGGAGGACAUGUCCGAGACGGCGCCCACGGAGGAGAUGGAUUCCACAACCGAGGCAACCGAGGCCGGCGACGGCCCUGCGGCGGAGACCGCAGACUUCAUGUCUGCGCUGAAGCGGACAAAGCAGAAGCAGGACACGAAGGAGGCGGAGAAGGCGGAGAAGAAGCCUGUGCUGAAGUCCAAGAAGGAGAAGGAGCGGGAGAAGAAGGAAGCAGAGAAGGAGCGCAAGCGGGAGGCAGCGCAGAAGAAGAAGCAGCAGCAGCAGGCGCAGAAGGAGAAGACGAAGGAGCUGUAUGCGGAGAACUUGCAGAAGGCCAAGGAGGAGAAGCAGGCUAAGGAGACCGGAAGUGCGGCGGCGGCGAAGAAGAAGAAGGUGCCUGCGGGUCUUGCCGCGCUCAAGAGGCAGCUCGAGCUGAAAAAGCAGCUUGAGGAAGAGGAACGCCUACAGCGCGAGGAGGAGGAGCGACUGGAGCGCGAGGAGAAGGAGCGUUUGGAGCGCGAGGAGAAGGAGCGCGAGGAGGCCCAGCGCGAGAAGCGUGAGAAGGAAAAGGCUCGCAAGGAGCGCCUAAAGGCAGAGGGCAAGUUGCUGACAAGGAAACAGCGGGAGGCCAAGAAGCAGAUGGAAGCUCGCCGGGCCGCGCUUUUGGCUUCUGGCAAUGUCUUGGUCGCUGGUUUAGCUAAAAAGGCUGGUGAUUCACCUGCUGCAGACAAGCCAAAGAAGAUCGUAUACGGUAAGAAGAAGGCCAGCAAAGCUAAGAGCUCCGAAAUCUCUGAGGAAGAUUCCAAGGCGGCUACUGACGCAGGUGGCGAUGAGGCUGAAGAGGAGGUGUUGGUUGACGACUGGGAGGCACUUGCUCUCGAUGACGACGAGGAUGAGCCAGCGGAAGAACAGCAAAGCGUAUCCUAUGCUGACCACUCAGAGACUCCAAUGAGCACACCAGAGCCAACCGUGGAAGAGGUCAAGGACAAUGUUCUUCUUUCUAUCCCUGCGGCGCCUGCGCCUGUCCAGACAUCUGGUAACAACAAGGAUCUUCGUUCCCCGAUCUGUUGUAUCCUGGGUCACGUCGAUACCGGUAAGACCAAGCUGUUGGAUAAGAUCAGACAAACGAAUGUCCAAGGUGGUGAAGCCGGUGGUAUUACACAGCAGAUCGGUGCCACCUACUUCCCAAUUGAGGCCAUUCGUCAGAAAACAGCAGCCAUGUCUCAGUACGAGGAACAAACUUUUGAUGUCCCAGGUCUAUUAGUAAUUGAUACCCCCGGUCACGAAUCUUUUACCAACUUGCGUUCGAGAGGUUCCUCUCUGUGUAACAUUGCUAUCUUGGUGAUUGACAUCAUGCACGGUUUGGAGCAGCAGACCCUAGAAUCCAUCAGAUUGUUGAGGGACAGAAAGGCACCAUUUAUUGUUGCGUUGAAUAAGAUUGACAGACUGUACGAUUGGAAGGUUUUCCCAAAUAACUCUUUCAGAGACUCCUUUUCUAAGCAAACCAGAGCGGUCCAGCAAGAGUUCCAGACUCGUCUAGGAAACAUUCAGCUGCAGCUGUCUGAGCAGGGUUUGAACUCAGAACUCUACUUCCAAAAUAAGAACAUGUCGAAGUAUGUUUCGAUUGUUCCUACUUCUGCAGUUACAGGUGAAGGUAUUCCUGACUUGUUGUGGUUGCUAUUGGAGUUGACUCAAAAGAGAAUGUCCAAACAGUUGAAAUACUUGUCUCAUAUUGAGGCUACUGUGCUUGAAGUCAAGGUGAUUGAGGGUUUUGGUACCACCAUUGAUAUCAUUCUGUCUAAUGGAUAUUUGAGGGAAGGUGACCGUAUCGUGCUUUGUGGGUUGAACGGGCCGAUUGUAACAAACAUCAGGGCUCUGUUGACUCCGCAACCAUUGCGUGAGCUACGUUUGAAGUCUGAGUAUGUCCACCAUAAAGAGGUAAAGGCUGCGCUAGGUGUUAAGAUUGCUGCGCAUGACUUAGAGAAGGCUGUCUCGGGCUCUAGAUUGUUGGUGGUUGGACCGGAGGAUGAUGAAGAAGAUUUAAUGGACGAUGUGAUGGAUGACCUGACUGGCCUACUUGACUCUGUGGAUAAGACCGGGAAAGGUGUAGUUGUACAGGCAUCCACUCUGGGUUCCCUAGAAGCGUUGCUAGAUUUCUUGAAGGAUAUGAAAAUCCCAGUGAUGUCUAUUGGUCUGGGUCCUGUGUACAAGCGUGACGUUAUGAAGACCACAACCAUGCUGGAAAAGGCACCUGAGUUUGCAGUAAUGUUAUGUUUCGAUGUGAAGGUAGAUAAAGAAGCCGAGCAGUACGCGGAAGAGCAAGGUGUGAAGAUCUUUAACGCAGAUGUCAUUUACCACUUGUUCGAUGCAUUCACCGCAUAUCAGGAGGAACUCAUGCAGAAACGCCGUCAAGACUUCAUGGAAUUCGCCAUCUUCCCUUGCGUUUUGAACACUCUUCAGAUCAUCAACAAGCGUGAGCCUAUGAUUAUCGGUGUUGAUGUGAUAGAAGGAUCGCUGCGUAUUGGUACGCCAAUCUGCGCUGUUAGAACUGAUCCUACCACGAAAGAAAAGAUCACUCUGCUAUUGGGUAAGGUGGUCUCCUUGGAGAUCAACCAUCAAUCUGUAACGGAGGUAAAGAAGGGUCAAACUGCGGCUGGUGUGGCCAUGCGUCUGGAGAAUCCAUCUGGUCAACAACCUAUAUGGGGCCGUCAUGUGGAUGAAAAGGACGUUUUGUAUUCAGCAUUGUCCAGAAAGUCCAUCGACACUUUGAAAGAUCCCGCUUUCAGAGAUCAGGUUCCACGUUCUGACUGGAUGUUGAUCCGUAAAUUGAAGCCUGUUCUGGGCAUCGACUAA